AUGAAGUGGAGCGUGCGGGGAGCCUGCGCCGCGCUCUCCAGCUGCCUCCUGCUCGCCUGCGCCCUCAGCGCCGCCGCCGUGGGCCUCAAGUGCUUCUCGCUGGGCUCGGAGCUCAAGGGCGAGCCGUUCCGCCUGGGCACCGCCGCCGGCGCCUUCUACUCGGGGCUGCUGCUGGCCGCCGGCCUCUCGCUGCUCGCCGCCGCGCUGCUCUGCUGCCGCCCGCCCGACGAGGCGCCCGCGGCGGCGGCACCGGCCGGCGGCGGACCCGGCGGAGCCCCCGGCGGAGCCCCCGGCGGGGGGGAGGCGGCAUCGGCAUCGGCUGCAGCAUCGGCAUCGGCGUCGGCAUCGGCAUCGGCAUCGGCGGCGGCGGCCGCCCCGUCGGGGCCGGGGGAGAAGGCGUCGCCCGGGGGGCGGCAGAACUUCCUGCUGCUGGGGGUGCUGGUGUUCAUGCUGGGCGUGCUGAGCGCCUUCGCCGGCGCCGUCAUCGACGGCGACACCGUGUCGCUGGUGGAGAGGAAGUACUCGCACUACUGCCUGCUGCAGCCCGGCGGCGCGGCCCGCCCGCGGAGCGGCCCCGCGGCCCCCGACGGCUCGGCGGCAGCGCUCCGCUGCCAGAAGCUGCGGGACUACCAGCGCGGCUUGGUGCUCUCCACCGUCUUCAACGCGCUGGAGUGCCUGCUGGGCCUGCUCAACCUGCUCCUCGUCAAGAACUACAAGGCCUCGCAGCAGCGCGGGCGGCGGCGGCGGCGGCGGAGAGCGGCCCCGGCGGCGGCGGCGGCGGCGGGCGGGCGGCGGCGGCGAAGACGGGGCGGCGGCGGCGGGCGGCGGGCGCCGCGCCACAGCCAGGGCUCCCUGUUCUCCGGCGGCGAGCCCGAGCUCACCCCCGGGGACUGCCCCUUCCAGGCCGUCUCCUACAUCAACGUGGGCGUCUUCCACGUCUUCGACGAGGCCGGCGUGGAGGUGCACUGCGGCGGGCACCCGUCCGUCGAGCUGCCCGGCUACUCGCCCAUGGAUCCCGAGCUGAACGCCUCCUACCCGUACUGCUACCCGCUGCCCAGCGAGCAGCCCCCCGCCUACGAGGAGAUCUACCCCGGGGAGCCCUGCGCCCACGGCACCUAG